AUGGAUUUAAGAAAAUUUGACGUAUUUCCUAAGUUAGAUAGGCAAUAUAGAGUUUCAACAUCAUUUGGUGGCAUUCUCUCUAUUGCUUCUAUCACAGUCACUAUUAUUCUAUUUUUCUCCGAAAUUCAUACUUAUUUGAAUCCACCAAUUCGUCAGAGAUUUAUUGUCGAUAAUACAAAACCAAUGGGUAUUAGUGGUAAAUCUUCCAACCAAAGAAAGCUUUCAGUUAACUUGGAUAUCGAAUUUCCAAAUGUUCCAUGUUACCUUCUUCAUAUUGAUGUUGUUGAUCCAAUUUCACAAUUAGACCUUCCAAUGGAAAGUAUUUCUAAUAAUUUCGCACGCCUUGACAAAACAGGAAAGAAUAUUGGAGAUUUCCAUCCAGAGAAGUUUUUAGAACCAGAUAAUGCAAAAACCUCAGACUCAACAUCAUGUUACGCAGCCAAUAAUACCAAAGUUUGCAAGACUUGCAAAGAUGUUGUUCAAGCUCACAAAAAUCAAGAACUUCUUCCUCCUCCGCUCUCAACAAUAGCACAAUGUGCAUCUACAGCAGCUAUUAUUCAAGAAAUGAAGGACGAAGGCUGCAAAUUAACCUCUGCUUUCCAAACUGUCCGUUUAGCAUCGGAAUUCCAUGUUGCUCCUGGCUACAAUUAUCUCUACAAAGGAUGGCAUUCACAUAAUACUACUAUUUUAGGCUCUGAAUCCAAAGAUCUUAAUUUAACCCAUAUUAUUAGGAGUUUUAGAUUCAACAGAGUCGAUGGAAAGUUCCCACUUGAUAAUGUUACUAGUAUCCAAACAGGAAAAGGCUCGUGGAGAGUUGUUUAUUCAGCAGAUAUCAUGGAUAACACUUAUACAGCAAAUAAAUACGAAUUAAUGGAUCCUCCGAAGUUCUCAUCAGGUGUCUACUUCAGAUAUGCCAUUAAUCCUGUUUCUGCAAUUGAUUAUUACGAUACAGAGCCUUUCUUGCAUCUUUGCACCAGAUUACUCACUGUUAUUGGCGCUGUUCUUGCAGCAUUCAGACUUCUCGACUCUUUCUUAUUCUUAUUCUACAAACCUCCAACUCUUGCAACAAAAUAA